UUGAUUUUUUUUUUAGCAUAUUGGUUUUUUUUUCUGGCUAUAGAUGAAACAGAAUUUAGAAACUUUAUUGUCUGGCUUGAAGACCAGAAAAUAAGACACUACAAGAUUGAAGACAGAGGAAGUUUAAGAAACAUACACAAUGAUGAAUGGCCUAAAGCUUAUGAAAAGUAUCUGAAAGAUGUCAACUGUCCCUUCAAGACAGAAGAAAGACAAGAAACCAUUGAUUGGCUUCUUGGAUUAGCUGUUAGGCUUGAGUAUGGAGAUAAUGCUGAUAAAUAUAAGGACGCCACACCUGACGGUGCUAAAAAUGCUGAUAAUGCAGCAAAAACUGCAGAACCACUGAUAAACUUGGAUGUGAAUAAUCCUGACUUCAAGGCUGGAGUGAUGGCUUUGGCUAACCUUCUUCAAAUCCAGCGACAUGAUGACUAUUUGAUAAUGCUUAAGGCAAUUCGCAUUUUGGUUCAAGAGCGCUUGACUCAGGACGCCAUAGGAAAGGCAAAUCAAUCCAAGGAGGGGUUGCCUGUUGCUUUAGAAAAGCACAUUCUUGGUUUUGACACAGGAGAUGCUGUUCUUAAUGAAGCUGCCCAGAUUCUGCGAUUGCUGCACAUAGAGGAACUCAGAGAGCUGCAAACAAAAAUUAAUGAAGCCAUAGUAGCAGUUCAGGCAAUUAUUGCUGAUCCAAAGACAGACCACAGACUGGGGAAAGUUGGAAGAUGAGCAAGUUGAGACUGUAGUGUCCUGUGUACUUAGUACAAUUAGGAGCUAUGUACAACUGUGGCAUGCAUUUUGAAAUGGAUAGUAUCCUCUGUUUUGAAAGAGAGAGGAAAUGGAAUUGUGACUGUUCUGGUGAAUUACCAUCAUUUUUCUUUAAAUAAAGUUGGGGAAAUAAAAUGCAUUGUUCUGUCUCUGA